UCAGUACGUGAAACAAGUUUCAUUGAACAAGAAGGUUUUCGGCUCUCAACUAGAAAAUAAUUUUUUUUCUACACAAUUGAAACAACGGGAAAUAAAAUCAAUUUGGAACAAUCCACGUUGUAGAUUUCAUUCUCAUCUGAAAGUUGAAAUCUGUAAAAUAAAAUGGAGUGGUGGUUGAUUUUAAUUAUUGUUUUGUCAGUUUUUCUCGGCAUUGCACUUUUGCUUCUUCUCUUAAGAUGGUACAUGCGUGGAUCUAAUUACACAAAAGAUACAAAAAUCGAUAAUAAAGUUGUGAUUAUUACUGGCGCUAAUACCGGCAUAGGAAAAGAGAAUGCCAUUGACUUUGCAAAGCGAGGCGGUAAAGUUUACAUAGCAUGUCGAGAUCUUAAACGAGGCGAAGAUGCUUUAGGGGAAAUUAGAAGAAUUAGCGGAAGCAAUAACGUUCAUUUUCUUCAACUCGAUCUUGCUUCAAUGGAUUCAAUUCGUGAAUUCAGUAGAAAGUUUCAUGAACUUGAAUCACAACUUCAUAUUCUUAUUAACAAUGCUGGCGUAAUGGCUUGCGACAAAGCAUACACAAAAGACGGCUUUGAAAUGCAAUUGGGAACGAAUCAUCUCGGUCAUUUUCUUCUUACUCAUCUUCUGCUUGAUUUGUUGAAAGCUUCAGCUCCAAGUAGAAUUGUAGCUGUUUCUUCAGAAGGCCACAGAAUGGGAAAUAUAAACAAAACAGAUUUGAUGAGUGAAAAAUCAUACUCGAAAUGGGGAGCGUACGGACAAAGUAAGUUGGCAAACAUUUUGUUUGCACGAGAAUUGGGGAAAAAACUUGAAGGAACAGGUGUGGUUGUCAACAGUCUUCAUCCAGGUGUGGUUAAAACAGAACUUGGACGACAUAUGAGUGCGAAUUUCCAAAGAUUCUUCAUGAAACCUUUCUCAUUCUUAUACAAAACACCAUGGGAAGGUGCACAGACGCAAAUUUGUGUCGCUCUCGAUCCUGACUUGGAAAAUGUUACCGGAAAAUAUUUCAGCGAUUGCAAAGAGAAAACGCCGUCGAGUAACGCGAGAAAUGAUGAAACUGCUAAAUGGUUAUACGAUAAAAGUAUUGAACUUGUGAAGUUGUAGACGAUCAUCAAGCAUAAAUUUAUUUUCUUAUUUAAAUCAGUGUUUAAUUAAAUUUGAAUGACAUACAAAUUACUGAAAAUGAUUUAAUAUAAAUGUUAAUAAAGAAAAAGAGCUGA